CAUUUGAAAAGUAACAGUAAAACAGAACUAUACACACGGGAUGAAAGUGAAAAGUAUUUCAAGAACUGCGAACAUUGCGUGGUCACCAGCUGAACAGCAUCCAAUAUACCUUGCAGCCGGUACUGCUGCUCAGCAACUCGAUGCCUCAUUUAGCACAUCAAGCACUUUGGAACUAUUCUCGAUUGACCUAGGUGAUCAAGAUGAUCAAGCUCAGCUAUCAAAGAGUAUAGAGAUUGAUCAACGUCUGCAUAAGCUAGUAUGGGGUCGACAUGGGUCAAGUGGAGGAGGAACUUUAGUUGGCGGAACGGAUAAUGGAAAAGUUCUUUUGUGGUCAGCGGCUGAUCUUUUUAGUGGUAAAGAGAGUCUUCUACAUUGCUUUGAGGAACACCAAGGAGCCGUGUCAGCUUUAGAUGUUAAUUCUUUUCAACCAAAUUUGGUUGCCAGCGGUGCCGGUAAUUCAGACAUAUUUAUUUGGGAUCUUAAUAGCAUAGGGAGUAAAUCCGAACCGAUGACGCCUGGUACAAAGUCUCAACCAUUAGAUGAUGUAACUUGUUUACAAUGGAACAGGCAAGUGCAACACAUUCUUGGUUCUACAUAUGCUGGUCGAUCAGUUGUAUGGGAUUUGCGAAAAAGUGAACCGAUUAUAAAAAUAACAGAUAGUAUGUCUAGAAUUAAGAGUAAAAUUCUCGAAUGGCAUCCCGAUGUAUCAACGCAACUGUGCCUAGCGUCAGAUGAUGAUCAUUCUCCCAUCAUUCAAAUGUGGGAUCUUCGCUUUUUGACAUCUCCAAUCAGAACUUUGGAGGGUCACAAUCGUGGUUUAUUAUCCCUUGCAUGGUGUUCUCAAGAUUCAGAGUUAUUGCUUAGUUGCGGAAAGGAUAAUAGAAUUCUAUGCUGGAAUCCUCACUCUCAAGUUCAGAAUGGAGAGAUCGUUUAUGAGUUACCAAAUACUACUCAAUGGGCAUUUGAUUUGGCCUGGUGUCCAAGAAAUCCAGCAGUGUUUUCAUCUUGUUCUUUCGACGGAAAUAUUUCUAUAUAUUCUCUUCUAGGGAAACCCUCUGCACCAACAUCUGCCCCAUCUGUUAUAGAUCAAUCGUUCCCCAAUCAGGCCAAUGAUCCAUUUGUUAUGCCCACUCAACCGCAGCAAACGAAAUCCUCAUCAGUUAUGUUGAAAAAAGCUCCCAAAUGGUUAAAAAGACCAUGUGGGGCAUCUUUUGGCUUUGGUGGAAAAUUAGUUGUCUUCAAAAAACAGCCCGCUCCAUCUCCCCAACAAGCCCCUCAAAGAUUAGUAACAACUUAUCAAAUAACUACUGAAACAGAUUUCGUUCAAAAAGCUGAAAUAUUAGAAUCAACUUUAUACCAAGGAGGACUACCCGAACUAUGUGUUGCGAACUCGGAAAAUAGCUCAAAUAAAAAUGAUGAAGAACUUUGGCGUUUUAUUGGAGUUCAUUUUGGUGCCGAACCUCGAGUUAAUUUCCUACGCCUUCUUGGAUUUGACUCAACAACUAUUCAAAAUCAAGUUAAUAAGUUUGUAGGACCCUCAAAUAAACCCGAAUCAAUGGUUGAACAAGUGACAAAUAAGGUCAACCAAUUACAAGUUAACGAGGCCCCCGGAACUGACGCCUUUGAUCAAAUUGCCGCUUCUGGAGCAGCGUCCAGCGUUGGAUCUUCCACUCAAUCAAGUCGAGCAAACUCUCCUUUGACAUUUUGCACAGAAGAAGCAAAAGCCGAGGGUUUAGCAACAAGGUGCUUAUUAACCGCAAAUGUAGAAUCUGCAGUAGAUGUUUGUUUACACACCGAGAAGUUUGCAGAGGCCCUUCUGCUGGCUGUUGCUGGAGGAAGUGAUUUAUUGCGAAGAACACAAAAGACUGUUUUGCAAAAAGUUGCUACACCGUUCACUCGCCUUUUAUACUCCGUUAUAACUCACGACUUAGGAUCAGUUAUUGAAACGUGUGAUCUCAGCCAAUGGAAAGAAGCUUUGGCUUUAGUAAUAACCUAUGCAAAACCGAAUGAAUUUUCAAUAAUGUGUGAUAAUUUGGGUAAACGAUUGCAAGAAAGUGGACAAAUCUCUGACGCUGCGUUAUGUUAUGUUUGUGCUGGCAACGUAAACAGUACAGUAGCAUGCUUACAAAGCAGAUUAGCACUGAAUGAAAUUGUUGAAGUGGUAUCUGUUCUUCACAAAGCGAUGUUGAACACACAACGAUCGGAUUCAUCUGUCCUUCUCGGAAAAGCUUUAUCGAACACUUUAUCACAGUAUUGCCAUCUAUUAGUCAGCGAGGGAAAAUUAAAAACAGCAUAUAAUUUUCUAGACAUGUCUAAUGAUGAAGCUAUCAGCCUGCUGAAGGAGAGGAUUUAUAGGUUCUUAAGUGCAUCUGAUCCUCAAACGCUUCGGGGUUUGUCUAAACCUCAGACACCUUUCAAAAGUUACGAUGUCAAAGCGGAGAGAAAGCAAGGCGCAGUUGCACAGGGCCCAGGUCAGACUGCUGUUGGACAACCAAAAAAUUAUAGGCAAAACAAUUAUACAAGCAGUCCAGCUCCUUCCUAUGGCCAAGGCUACAUUCAAACAUCAGUUUAUGAUCCGAACGUAUCAAACUAUAGACAACAAACACCCGCUUUUGCUCAGCCGGUGUCAAAUUAUGCGCCACCAGUGUCAAACUAUACACCUGUGCCCAGCUAUUCUCAACCUUCUAGUUAUGGACAGCCAUCAUCUAUGUACACUCCUACAACUUUAUCUAACUACAAUCCCGGAGUGAUGACCUCUCAACCAGCAUAUAAUGUAGCACAAACUACUGUUGUUUCGAGUCAUAAUUAUACUCCGAAUUUUUCAACAACGCUUGGUGCUCAAACAAACAAUUACCAUCAAGGGUCAAAUCCUAUUCAAAACACUGAUAUGGGCAUAGCUUCGUAUGCGAAGCGAAAAAUUCGUUCUAGAGAGAAUUCUAUAUCGGAUAAUCAACAGUCGAUUCCACCAAAUAUAUUUCAACCAGCGCCGCAAACAGAGACAAUGCCUCCCCCUAUGGCUAAUCCACCAAUGGGAAUGUCGCACAGUUAUCAAGACAAUAGACCCGAACAAGCUUGGAAUGAUCCACCUCCAGUUAGACAAAUGAAACCGGCAUCAACUAUUCCAGCACCUAUUAUGACACCGAUGCCCUCGAUGGGUCAUCCACAACAAGAAAUGCCUGCACCUGGAGCACCAACUUCCUUCAACCCAACAGGAGUUUUUCAGCCUACUAGUAGUCAAGAUGUUGCGCCUCCUCCAGCUCCAGUACAACAACCAACACCCGAACCAGAGCAAAAGGGACCAAUACCAGAACAGCACGAACCUUUACAGACGACUUUUGAUGCUCUAAGAAAGGUGUGUAGUGAGAAAGCAUAUAGUAAUCAGAUGCGUAGGAAAAUGGACGAAGUGGGACGCAAAUUGGAAGUUCUUUAUGAUAAAUUGAGAGCUAACAGUUUGUCAGAAAAUGUCACUCAUGGUCUGCAUGAAAUAAUAAAUUGCGCCAAAGUAGGCGAUUAUAAAACGGCUGUGGCUUAUCAUUCUCAUUUGGCUACGACAACUAAUUUCACCGAAGUUGGAUCAUUUUUGCCUGCUAUUAAAUCGCUCCUUCAGAGUGCCGAUAAUUUAGGAGUACAAUUGUAA